CAUAUAAUUCGUAUCCUUCUCGCAACGUCAGAACGCGAAGCGCCCAAUCUUUUGAAUAACUUGUAACACUUACAGUUUGAGGGUAGCAAUAGUGCUUAAAUAAGAUUGAAAUAUUUGAAGGUCAACAAAAAUGACGUCUGAUUCUGAAAAGUGUCACUCUAACUGUUUGAUUUGUAACAGUAAACUUUCAUCUAGAAACACUGUACCAAUUUUUAGCGAAAAAUCAGGAUCCCGACCCGAAAGGCCUCUUGCAGAAAUAAUUUUUUCUGUAUUAGAGAUUGAUAUUAGUAGCAUCAGUGCGCACUCUAACGUUAUUUGCAGAAAGUGCAAAAAACUAUUUGAAGAGGUUGACGCAUUGGAAUGUCGCAUGUCUGAAAUUAAGUGUGAUAUCUGUAACAGUUAUAAGCAAACAAUAAAAAAAGUAGCGGAGUCAUUUUCAAAUGACGAAGAGUAUAAUGACCAUGAUUAUUUGGACACAUCGGAAACGGCAAUCCAAGAAAUAACAGAUGUUAAAACGAAUUCAAAUUUAAAAAAACGAAGUGACACUAAGGAAACAAUUGAGAUCGAAAAUAAGAAUAACCGUAAAGAGGAUGAAAAUGAAAGUGAAGACAACGCUACUUCUAUCAAAGUUUCUGAUCUCUUAGAAUCAAUCAACGAUGGUGAAGAAGUUAUUAUUAAAGUUGAAGCAUUGGAUAACAUAAAUGGAGAGGCAAAAAGAAAUUACUUAAAAAAGUUAAAAAAUAUGACGAAAGAAGAACACUUACAAGAGAAGGUUGUAUCUCGCGAAGGCUCGCUGUACACAUGCUUGUUAUGUUCCCCUAAUUAUGAAAAAGGAGAUGCGAAGUCCGUUAUAUCACACUUAAGGACAAUGCACAAUAUUCGGUUGUAUAUAUGUGAUUUAUGUGGGUUGGAGUUCAGAAAAAGAACUGAUCUUUCAGUUCAUCUUGAUGACCAUGUUGCAAAAGAGGAAGGAGACUUUCAGUGUGAGAACUGUAACAGAAUAUUUACUAAUUUGCGACUUUUUAGAAUUCAUAAGCGCAUUCAUUAUCCUCAAACUAAAUCCUGGUCAUGUGAAAUAUGUGGGAAACGAUACAGUUCUAGAAACUUGCUGGAGGAACAUACUAAUACCCAUACUGGAAACCGGCCUUAUAUGUGUAAAUGUGGAAAAGAUUUUGCUUCAAAGUACACAUACAAGGCGCACGUCAAAACACAUGAAUAUCGGCCACGACCUUUCGAAUGUUCGCAUUGUAGUAAAAGUUUUUUGAGUCAGCAAAACCUUAGUCAGCAUGAGAGAACUCAUAAUGGAGUUAAGGAAUAUGUGUGCGAUCAGUGUGGUAAAGCUUUUGGAUCACCACAUAAUCUGGAGGUUCAUAGCAUUGUGCAUACGGGUCACAAACCCUAUCGGUGCAGUGAAUGUGGCAAAGCAUUCGCCAGGAAAGCUGAAAUUAGAGAUCACGAAAGAACUCAUACGGGUGAAAAACCGUACCAAUGUGAACAUUGUGGUUCUACUUUCAGUCAAAGGUCGAAUCUACAAUCUCACAAACGAGCAACUCAUUACAAUGAUAAAAGAUAUAAAUGCGAUGAUUGUGGAAAAGGAUUUAAGCGACGUAGACUUCUAGAUUAUCAUAUAAAGGCAGCUCAUACUGGCGAACGUCCAUACAAAUGCGAGACUUGUACAGCAACAUUCGUUUAUCCUGAACAUUUCAAAAAGCAUAUGCGCAUUCAUACAGGAGAAAAACCAUUUUUGUGCGAAGUAUGCGGUAAAGCAUUUAACAGCCGAGAUAACAGAAAUGCUCAUCGCUUUAUACACAGUGAUAAGAAACCAUAUGAGUGUUUAGUUUGUGGCACGGGCUUUAUGAGGAAACCUCUUUUAUAUACUCAUAUGCAAACGCAGGGCCACCUGAAUGACACGAUAGUGGUAAACCAACCAAGAUUGACGACAGAAGAAGAUCAAGUUAUCACUGUUGAGGAAGGAAAUGUAGAACUUUUGAUGGAAAACGCUGAAGUUGCACAGAUGCAAGAAACAGAAUUAUACGUAGCUGGGCUGAAGAAUCACGUUAUUAUACAUCAGGAUGGCAAUCAGGUAUACCACGAAGGAAAUAUUUUGAGCAUUCCCACCGAUGCUAGUGAACAAGUUCAGCAUCUAGUUGUAGAGGGGCAGCUUUUAGAUAAUGAAGAGGAGGAAUCUAAGGAAGACAUCGAAGAAGCCGCAGAAUUGUAUAGUUACGAAGAUGGGGAAGGUGAAGAAACUUUAGUACUACCGGGAACUUCUGGAUACAAGGAAAUUUUAGGAGAUGCUAAGAAUGCAGUUAGAUUAGUACAAAUAAGAAUCCCCACUUCUUCUGCUGGAGAUGGAAGAAACUGGUUGAGUUUAGUACAAAGCACUUGAACUUUCUUUUAUGGGCAAAUUUUUAUAUAAACGUCUAAAAAUGUUUUCUGAUUAAAUAUGCAAGCUUCUUUUGAGUGGAUGAAUUUUAAGAGCGUAGUGUACACGAUGCAAGGAACUUUUGUUGUCGACGAUGCAUACCCCCAUUGACCGAUUGGUGGGAUUUUGAAAAUUUGAGACUCCCUUCUGAUUUGCAAUUUCUCGAAUGAUAUGUUAUUGUCGGUAGAAAACAGCAGUAAUCGAAUACUCGAUCUUUUGGAAAUAUGACUUUAUAAAGUAAAAUUAGAAUUUUCCUGUAUCAGUUUAAAACAUCGAAUUGACAACUUGUUUGCAGCAGCGAUUUAUCAUAAAAUUUUCAUUUUACUUAGUGAAUGUAUCAUUAUGUAAUUCCUAAUGAAACAGAAAGACUUCAUUCCCUUAAAAUGGGAGCACUGUUUUAAAUUAAUAAUUGAAUUCCUAUUUGACAUAAAUUUUACAUUUAGGCUAUCACCCAAUAAAAUUUAUGACAUUUUCCAUAAA